AUGCGACGUGUCGUGGUGACAUCUCUUCUAUCGGUAAGACGCAGGCCGUGGUGGGCCGCCGCUCACCUCAGCACAAGCCAUCCGCGUUUGAAGGAUGCGGGCGUUCCGCGGAGUGUAGCGGGGGGGCUCGAUGCACAGAGUGAGGACGGAUUGGCGCCUCGGCGUCACCAGCGCAGUGGGAACCCCAAGAGCAGCACACGCAGUAACAGCGGUCCUGUAAAGGAUCGUUUCCCGCCUGUUUUAACAGACCUGAGCGACCCACGGAGGCGGCUGGCUGUCCUUGUGGACGCCUCAAGUGUUGAGCCGCGUGUCUUUUACAACACGGUUCUCCCCGCCGCAAAAAAGGUUGGCGUGCCUGUGCUUGUGCGCGCCUUCGCAGUGCAGCUAAGUGGGGAGUGGGAGUCACAUGUAGCCGGCAGUGGUGCAAGGAGAGGGAUUGAGUGCGACCCGAACAACAGCGGUGCUGUGGAAACAGCAGAGAUGACGAAAAUAAGCAACGAGAAGGAGGAACAGACGAUUCUAAGUACACCUCUGUGUGCACCCAUAGAGUUUUUUCGUGUGGAGCGUUUUAUACCGGUGUCAAUGCAGAUGGAGGCGGAUGCAAACCAUAUUUUUGAUUUUCGCCGUCAAAAUAAGAUCGAGGCCGUGUGUUUUGUUUGCAGUGAAGUUGACCGAGGAGUGUUUGAGGGAUUUCUGCCGAACAUUGCCGGCAACGGCUUCAACCAGUACGUACUGGACGAGCUCGGCAUGGCGAGGGAAGUCCUCGAGGAUGGUCGCUCUGCUGACGGCUCUCCAAUGAUGGCUGCAGCGUAG